AUGAGUGAAAAUCGCGCUUUGCUGAAACUCAAGGUCGGUGCCAAAGCGGCCGCGUCGCUGGCAGAAUCGCAGCAGAACAAUGGUGCUGCCACGGCCACAGGAGCCUCGACACCAGGACCGCCGGUGAAGCUGAAGCUCAGUUUCUCGCAGCCUGCAACCCCCAUUGAGUCACCUGCGGCUGAAAGUGCCGCGCUUGGAGCGGACGGUGCUGUGAAGAAGAAGCGGACAUACGUUAAGAAGGAAGGCGAUGGCAAAAAGAGCGCGGGAAAGAAGCGUCCAGCGGAAGAUGAUGCCAUGUCACCCGUCAAGCGUGUUGCCAGCGGUAAUCCGCGCACGUUAUCCCUCAAGCCCCCCGCAGUCCAUGGUGGAGAGAGCAGCAAACCGCCAAAGAUAUCUCUAAACACUUCAAGCAAGAGGGCUUCGCUACCAAAGUUUGUCGAUCUUCGCGCGCGUGGCAAGGCACCACCGCGGCCAAAGGGCGUCGGUUAUGAUAGCGAGGACUCGGACACAGAGAAGGAUCCGGCGAUACAGCAAGCGAUUGUGCUGCGUAUGGAGCCUGGAGAGGAUGCCGACUACCUGAGAGAGGCCAUUCAAAACAWCCAGAUUGGACCGCAUCCACUGCAGGGCGAUGCAGAAGUAUCGAUCAAGUUCAUCGAGAAGGGCUGGCGGCGGGCCGUGAUCAAAAUCAGAGGUAGGAUGUAUGGCGCUGUGCUGGUCGAUCUACCGUGCAUCGUGGAGUCGAUGAAGAGCUUUGACAAAAAGGGAUGGUGGAAAGUCGCAGAUAUGAAUCAGAUGCUACUGGUGCUUGGACGGUGUCAGACAGAGGAAGAGGCUCGAGGUCUUGCACUACCCAAGGAAGUCAACAAAGACACCUUGCAAUAUGCACACGGACUGACGCCGCCCAUGCACUGGGUGCGCAAGCGAAGAUUCCGCAAGCGUCUGAACCACACCCAAGUGCAGAAUGUUGAGGAUCAGGUCCUCAAGCUGCUAGAAGCCGACAGAUUGUGGGAACAAGGCGGUGGGACUGUGACAUUGGACCACAAGACACAAGCGGAGCAGUCAAUCGAGCCCCGAGACUACGACGAAGACGAGGAUGCGGAAGGCGAAGGCGAAAUGUUUGGCUCCGAUCAGGAGGAGGAUUACGACGACGAUCUGCCGGCUGAGGAUCUGGAGGCACAGAUGCAGGCAAUGUUCGAUCAAGACGAUGCACCUACCUCAGAUCUCUUUGCUGAGUCACCAGCACCGCUUGCGGACCAAGCGGCUUCGAUGGCUGCGGUGGAAAACGCCAUGGACGAUUUCGAAGCCACUCCUGUUGCAACGCCUGCUGACGCUGGCAUGACAACGCAAGAUGACGAAGACGAAGAAUCUGAAGAGGACGAGUCGGAAGAGGACGGCGAUUCCCCAGAUGUUAUCGAUGAAGAUGCACUUGCAAAGGCCGCAGAGCGGGCACAGCAGCUUGAGGAGGUGGCGGACUUGGAGCGCGAGGUAUCGAAAGCUAGGCAGAAGGCCAAUGCAAUGACAAACCAGUUGUUGAGGGCUCGGGAAAUGCAGAARUUGGCGGGUCUGGAGGAGGAUCUCCGGGUGAAAAAGGGCGUGUUCGGCCUCGACGCGGAAGACUGA